CUUUCUUUUAUUCUCUUAUUUUUUUGUCAACUAAAGCCCGGUCUAGGCUGAUCUUGUUCUGCGCUGCUGCGGCUAAAAGAUAAUAUAAUAUAAGCUCAAAGUAAAAAACAAAACAAAAGUAGGAUAGUAGUCAAUUGCUGUUGAUUGCGUUAAUAGGCCCAGACCACUGAGACGUUUUCAAGCGUUUAUACCACAUCAGCGCAGCUGCAGCUUCCGGGAUGCCCUGCUCGGAUUCGUGACCUAGUGCUGAGAGGCGGAGAGCAGAGCCCAAACCAGGGGGAUUGUUUAUCAGAGCAAGUGCACCAGUCUCUCAUCCUGAGUCACGGUUUAACCAUCUAUAGGGUACCGGUGUUUCAAACUUGCACAACCACCCCUGAGAGAUGGACUAGUCCAAUUCACAUCACAAAAAUCUGAUGGUGAGAGGAGAGCUGUUCAUGUCAGAGACUGCUGCUCACCCCAGCUCGUACAGUUCCUACCAAGACAGUUGAGAAAAUGGAAGAGAAAGGUCUGACCGAUCCUUUGAAUAACGUCUCAUUGAUCCAAGAUGAGCUGAAGCAGACUAAUAUGGCGUCUUUAGGUGACUCAGAGAAAUUAAUCCAGCAUUUGAAUGAGCAACUCCAAGAAGCCCAGGAGUCAGCCAAUACUGAAAAACUAAAAUGUAUUCAGUUGAAAGGGCUCUUGGAUGAAGAGAGAAAAGACAGUAGCCAUCAAGCAGAUGAAUCAGCAAGUCAAAUCAAACUUCUGAAAGGCCAACUGCAGCAGCUCCAGGGCGAGGUGUCUGUCUUGAAGGCACAGAGGGACGAGGACCACUCCAGGAGCCAUGGUGACCAGCAGGCUGCGCGGGAGGAGGUGAGCUCCCUCCAGCAGGCCCUGGAGGCAGCCGCCGCCCAGCGGGACCGGGAGAUGGCCGCUGCCCGGAGCAGCCUGGCCACGGUCACCCAGGACCUGGACAAGUGGCGCCAGACGGCCGGAAAGUAUGAGCGCGAGAUCGACAGCCUGCAGGGAGACCUCCAGCAGCAGAGCCUGCAGUGGCAGAAAACCGCAGAAAUACAAGCGGCUGAGCUGCAGUCCAUGCAGAAGGAGCACAGCUCUCUCCAGAAGGAGUGUGCCGCGCUGCGCUCUGAGAAGCAGGACCUGGUCAACAAGCACCAGGCCGAGCGGGGCCAUCUGCAGGGUGAAAGCGCCGCUCUCCGGGCCCAGAUGGAGCAGCUGCUGGGCAGCCAGCAGAAGGAGAAGCUGAGUGCGCAGAGCGAGAAUGCGGCCCGUUGUGCUGAGAGAGACGCGCUGCUGGAGAAACAGCAGCAGAUGGAGAUGGAUCUCACCUGCUCUCAAGGCCAGAAAGUUGUGCUCAGCGAGAGCCUGAAGUCCCUGGAGAGAUCCCAGGAGGACCUGGGGCAGCGGCUGGGGGACCUGCAGCUCCAGCAUCAGCAGGACAAUGCCAAGCUCCAGGGCCAACUGGGGGCGGCCCGGGGCCUCACCCAGGACCUGCAAAAAGAGAACGAGGAUUGUAAAACAGAGCUAUCAGAUCUAAAGGAGAAGUAUGAGAAAGCCGAGCAGGAGAAGCAGUCGAUCACAGAUGAGCUGCAGGCAAGCCAUGCAGAGAUGAAGCUUCUGCAGGAGAAAGGAUCCAAGAGCGAUCUAGUGCUGCCCCUUCAAGCCACACUCAUCGGCCUUAUCCUGGCUUGGCUGUUGUGGUGCUUCAGCGCAUUGUGGUAGAAAGAAGCCCUGGAUGGUUUUGGGAUCGGCCGCCGCUGUGGCUCUGACCGCCGUCACCGUCGCCAUGCUCUGCAGGACCUGAGGACCGGAGAGAACACACACACACACACACACACACACACACACACACACACACACACACACACACACACACACACACACACACACACACACACACACACACACACACACACACACACACACACACACACACACACACACACACACACACACACACACACCCAUAGACACACACACACACACACACACACAUAUAGACACACACACACUUUUGCUCGGAUCUGUGUACUCGUCAGCUUCCUCCACACUGAGAUCUAAGCCAUCUGCCUAGCUGUGACCUGGAGCUCUCACGUGGUUCUCAGUAUAACUUAGGAGUAAGUCAAAUGAUUGUCGGUUAUAAGAGAACAUUAAGUGUUAUUCAUUGACCGUUUAUUUAGGACAUCUAGGGAGAUAUAUAAAUCAUGCUUUCCUUUUUGUUUUUAGAUUUUUUGUCAUUGGACCUCCAGUGUUGAAUGUAUGUGAUACUGACCUUACUAAAUCUUUACCUAGUUUAAUAUUUAGCUUCCGUUAACACAACAUGCACCAAGCAAAUCUAAUAACCCAUAAUCCAAUGCAUGAUUACUUUCCCCUAGUGAAUGAUUAAUGAAGGUCAAGGUUGUGGGGAGAUAACACUCCAAAAUACAUUUGAAUAAUUAAUAUCGUAAGAUGUUAACUUAGACUUUUUGGCCCUUUAAAUGCUUCCCUCAUGUUUCAGGUCUACACUUGAUGGUUUGGUCUUGAACAAAUUCUAAUAAUUCUCAAUGAUCUCAUAUCUGCUGUCUCUCUAAACUUAAUGGGUUAAAUAUUCAAGCCCAUUCAGGGGAUCCAAUGCGAAUGUCCGGAGAAUUGAUAACUGGCAUACUCUAGACAUGAUAGUCAUUUUGUCUCACAGGAAUGAACAAGAGCUCUAGAAGGCUGAUUGACUUCUUUGGAGAUGCAGAUAAGAAUGUCUGUCCAAUUUUUAUUUCGUUUUUGAUUGUAGAUGUUCCAUUAUCCAUCACUGACUUUCAGAGACAGCUACAACAAAGAAACAGUGUUUAUCUUCCAUGCCGUUUAUGAAGCAGAUCAGUGAUGGGUGUUUGGAACGACUUUAACCAUGCUCGUUGCUGAUAACAAAGCCCAGUUUAAUGGCUUGUUUUUAUUGGGUUAUGGAUAUCUAUUGAUCUUACACAAUUCAAAUGAUAGCAGAGCUCAUCCCUGGUACUUUAUGGUAUGGGAGUAAUAUUUAACUAGACCUGAAAACCAGAUAGGAUUUUCAUUGACACUUUAUUCAUAAAAUGAUUUGUUUGAAUAUUGGAUUACAUCCCAUAUGACACACUUUGGAAAGGUUGAUUCUCUAGACACACGUUCAUGUAAAAGGUUAAAAGAAUUCUUUGGGAAACUGAAUUUAUCCCUGUAAAUAUUUGUGCAGAGUUAUUUUGUAAACAGAAGGAAAUGUUGUUCAAUUGUUAAAACGUAUGGAAAAUAAUUGUCUAAGUGUCCUACUAAUUUCACUAAAACAUGAGUUCCCCCUAUUAAAGAAAAAAGCAGAGAAA